AUGGCCGGCAGCGGAAGCGGGAGUGGGAGCAGCAGCAGCAGCAGCCCGCCGUGCGCCUCGUGCAAGCUGCUGCGACGGCGGUGCACGCAGGAGUGUGUGUUCGCGCCCUACUUCCCUCCCGAGGACCCUCACAAGUUCGCCAUCGUCCACAAGGUCUUCGGCGCCAGCAAUGUCAGCAAGAUGCUGCAGGAGCUGCCUGCUCAGCAGAGAGCGGACGCUGUGAGCAGCCUGGUGUACGAGGCGAACGCGCGCAUGAGGGACCCUGUGUACGGCUGCGUCGGCACCAUCUCCUUCCUCCAGCAGCAGGUCUCCCAGCUCCAGGUGCAGCUCGCCCUCGCCAAGGCCGAGAUCCUCUGCGUCCAGAUGCAGCACGACGACGGCCAUGCGCAUUCAGCUUCAGCUGCUGCUGUGCCAUCUCCGGCAAAGCAACAACUCCAUCACCAGCAGCAGCAGCAGGAGAUGGAAUGCGAGGCUUAUGGCAGCCUGCUUGUGCAGAAUGGCCUGAUGAUGAACACGUUGAACGGCACUGGAGCAGCUCAUCAGCAGCAGAUGCUGGGCAGCUUCGGCUCUGCAGGGAACACUGCAAUGAUGCUGCAGGAGGCGUGCCUCAAGAAAGAGACCCUCUGGGCAUGA